AUGGAAAUUGCGAACAACGGUGUGACCGGAAUCAAUCUACAUGCGCUCAUACCUGCAGCGUUCCCUGCCACGGCGAGAAGCCCUGUCCUCCUUGCAAAGCUCCUUGCGAAGUCCACUGUGGCCAUUCCAAGUGCCCGCGAAAAUGCUACGAGCCGUGUACUCCUUGCGCAGAAGAAAAAUGUCUUUCAGCGUGCCCUCACAGUGUCUGCUCAAUGCCAUGUGCAGCCCCCUGCGAUCAUGUUCCAUGUUCCAAGCGAUGUGAGAAGAAGCUACGUUGUGGGCACCAGUGCCCGUCAGUAUGUGGAGAAAAAUGUCCUUUACCCUUCUUCUGCCAAACCUGCGGAAACGAGGACACCCGAAAUCAUCAAGUCGAUUUCAUCCUGGGUCAAACGUACAAAGAAAUCAACCUGGACGAAAACCCAUGCGUAUUCCCGAAGUGUGGACAUUUCUUGA